UGCUGUGUGCAUACUUGAGCUCUGCUCUACAAAACUAACACUUGUCAUGCGCAUCUGCUUUGUACACAGCUUAGUUCAACGCCAACCAAGGUGAGGCAAGACUUAAUGAAGUGUUUCCACGUAGCUCCUAGCUGGGCUUUAAGAUGUAAACAUAAAUUUAUCAACCCUGCAACUCUCCUAAAGAGCUCCAAGAUAAACUCAGUCGUAGUUCAACCUAGCCAGCGUUCUUAGGCAGUCUGACUAUCACCUGACGAGAGUCAUCGUUUAAGAAGAAAGAAUUUUCCUGUACACGACGGCAUUAGCAACCAACAAAUUAAUGCCCGCUAGACAUGUCAACAUCAUUUUUACACGUGAUAGCUGUCGUCCUUCUUUUGGAAUAUGUUAACCAGACCGUUGCAGACGAACAAGAAUAUCGUCUUACGCGGUAUCUGAUGUCCAACUAUGAUUUGGCUGUCCGUCCUUCCCAUAAUUCCUCACUUCCGCUUCGCUUGACCUUUGAUCUUUCUUUGCAUCAAGUAAUUGAUUUGGACGAGAAGAAUCACGUAUUGACUACAAGUUGUUGGAUAACUCAGAAAUGGACAGAUUACCAUUUAAGAUGGAAUGUUACUGACUUCAACGGAAUUCCAGUGAUCCGGGUGCCAGCAAGUCAAGUGUGGAGACCAGACAUCUUACUGUUUAACAACAGCGCUGACACGGAGAAGCCCCCUGACCAUGUUAACACCAACGUUAUAGUUAAAUACACCGGAGAAGUCGUUUGGUUCUCAAGAGCUCUGCUGAGAAGUUCUUGUCAAAUUGACAUCAAAUACUUUCCGUUUGACGUCCAGUAUUGUACAAUGAGGUUUGCCUCUGGAACUUACGAUGGCUUACAAGUUGAACUAAUGAAAGAAAAAGACCACACAGAACUGAGAGACUAUCAAGAAAACGGGGAAUUUGAUUUGAACGGAUUUUCAGCCACUUCAACUACUCUUCAGUAUUCUUGCUGUGAAGAACCUUACCCUGAACUCGUGUACACCUUAGAGCUUCGCCGCAGACCGUUGUACUAUGUGUUUAACCUGAUCCUACCGUGUCUACUCAUGAACUGCGUGUCACUACUUACCUUCUGUAUGCCUUGCGAGUCAGGAGAAAAAGUUACUUUGAGUAUAUGCACACUCUUAACAAUUGUUAUAUUUUUUGUCUUCGUGAAAGAUACCUUACCGCCCUCUCAAGAAACGCCUUUAAUUAGCCUGUACUACGUUGUAACUAUCUGCUUAGUUGCACUGAUGACCAUUUUUUCUGUGUUGACAUUACACGUUCAUCAUCGAGGGAAUUUUGAAAAUGAAGUUCCACGGUGUAUUCGUAGCGUAAUGUUGGGAUUUCUUGCUAAGAUAAUAUUCUCCAAGUGUUCCUCUCACACUGAACAGGAGCCAGAGUUAAAGCUCAAGGACGACGAGAAAAAGUCAAACCUCGAACGACAGUCAUCAAAUGAAGAUAAGUUUGAUUUUGGACAUAUCGAACAAUAUAAUUUCUCACCUCGACUUCGGAAGCGCAAGGAGAUGGGUGAAACCAGUGAUUAUUCUAAUGACGAAUACAAAAGGCAGGUGUUGAGAAUCCUUGGUAAAAUUUAUGAAACAGUUGAGAGAAAUGAAAUGCGAAUAGCUGAAAAGGCACGAAAAGAAAACAUCAAGACAGAAUGGCACCAGACGUCGCUAGUGUGUGAUAGAUUAUGGCUGGCAUUAUUUCUCAUCGUCUCUACUGUCAUGACGUUACUUGUGUUAUUGUCGUCUCCGCACGGACCAUAGCGGUAAUAUAAUAAAUAUAAUACUACCGUUUCGUUCUUUUUGCUGUUUUUCUUUUGAGCUUCUGGUAGUUCAGUUCUAUAUCGUAGAGUUUAAAUGCGAAUUUUUUUUCGGGCUAUAUUAGCGUAAAAGAAAUCACGUCACUAUUUUUGCAUGAAUUUUUAUUAACAAAAUAUUAUACUUACUAUUAGUUUGUAUUUAAAAAAAUAUCAUGAAAUAAAGAAUAAAAGGUCGAUACUUUUUGUUCUAGUUUAAAUUUGUAUGUUUUGUCCCAUAAUUCAUAUGGAUUGUUUCUUGGUUGAUUCAGAUCAUGGACGUCUUAGAGCUGGCAUUAAUGUCAACUACUAAUGAAUUUAAACCAUGAAAAAGCUUUAUUCGUGAAAUGUCUACAGCCAGUUGAAAGUGUAAAUAAAUUUUUGAAAUUAUAGUAUCGUUCAGUGAAAUGUAAUUUUUACACAUUAUAAACGUUUAUUAAUGACAAACCUUAUAACACAUUUCCAAUGUGUAAAAUGAACAACAUAAGUUAUAAUUUUUUUCGUAGAAACUUCAGAUUAAUCUUGUUUUACAGAUAAUUAGUUACACAGAUGUCUCUAAUAAUUAGAUUUGUUUCCUUUUGUCAAUAUAUGUUUGUCGUUCUCCGACUUAAUUAAUUUAUUAGUUUUGAAUGUUCGGCCAAUAUUUUGCAGAACAAGGAGAAAGGUUUUAUGUAUUUCUGAAGCUCAGCGGUAAGUCCGAGAACUUAUACCACUAAAAAUCUGGUUUCGAUACCCACGGUGAACAGAACACAGAUAACCCAUCGUUUACCUUUGUAAUUAAUUCGCCUGAAAUUUCUGUUACAUAAAUACGAGGAACUGUUUAUUGUUUUGUUUUUGUAAAAAUGGAAUUUUAGGUGACAGAUGUUUCAUUCUGUUAACAGAAAGUAAGAUUAACUCUAGAACUGAGCGAAUCGUCACUUAAAACACACUUUAAUAGCGCUGUUACUAAACUUUUAGAAGACGCUGUGCUCACGCUGAAGUCAAGCAACGUACAUUAGCACCUUUAUUUUGAGAGAAUGUAAACAUGUAAGGAAAUACAACAAAAUAUGUUAUUAAAGUUAUGGUCAGAACAGUGAAAGCUGGCGAAGCAUAGGCUUAACAUUUAUGACGCAAUUCACAUUGCAAAUUUUUUUUGUAGUUGUUUAUUUUCACAUUCCUCUUAAUUCUCCAUUACGGAUUUCAAAUGAGAAACUGAAAUCCAUAACGGAUAAAUUAAGAAUAAUAUGAAAAAAGUCUACAGCCACAUAUACAAUCUAUUGGUUUCUAAUUCUCCGCCAGGUUUCAGCGUUCAGACCGCAACUUUUAAAUGUUGAAUAUAUAUAUAUAUAUAUUGAGCUUCAGAUAUGGACUUUUGUCUCUCAACAUCUAACCCAGCUGAAGAUUUCUGAUAUUGAACAAAAGGCUUACUUGGCAAUGACAUUUCAGAAACAAAAAAAAUAGGUCUGAAAUUUUACUAUCAUUCAGGUCCGAUUUGAAAUUUAUAGAUAAAUUAAGAGCAGUUUGAAAAAGCAAAAACAAAUGUGCACUCUGACAUAUAUCGUAUAUACAGAGUAUUACAUAGUUAUAAAGUGAGUUUUUAAUGACUAGAUAUGAAGUAGUUUGUGUUUCCAUUUCUGUAAAUCGAACUCCUAAAAAUAUUUAUUAGAAAAUUACAAAAAAGCUGUUGUUAUUGUUACAUAUUUUAUCAACAUUUCGAAAGGAAAAAAAGAACUCGUCCCAGAUUAAAUACCGAAUCACUGAGCUUACGGUCUAUAUGUUAAUUAUUUAUAGUAAUAAUCUAUACUGUUUUGUAAGUCUAGAAUUGUUACUAUGAAAUGCACAAUCUAGUUGACUUUUUAUAAAAAAGUGUUAAUAGCUUUCCAUUAUAAUUAUCUGUCAUUAUCUGGCGGAGCUUUUAAGCAUUGUACUUUUUGUCUUAAUCAUACCUUCGUACACAAACAGUAAACAACAUCUUACCAAUUUGUUACUGUUUGUACACACUUGUGGUGGGUUUGUUUCCUUCCGUUCUACAAGAUUUAUAGGUACGUCUUUGUUCAAUAUAAGUUUUGUACAAAUGUGUGUUCAUGAUGUGUUGUUGUGCUGAUGAUGUAUUGUACUAGCAACAGAACUUACUUUUCAGAGCUUAUAUUUUUCUUUUAUUACGGUUACCAAGAAGCACAAUAUAAUACGAUUCGGUAGAUGAGGCACAGAUAUAUGUUGUGUUGUUCUGAGUAAAUUCAACGUGAAGCAUGAUCUCAAAUGAUAGAUUUAUAUGGUAAACUGAACCAUUAGAUAUUUGAUCAAUAUGAAUACGUUUGUAAUUUUGAAUUUCAUUCAUAGAAUUAAGCUAAAGAUAGUUUAUUAUAAGUAUAUUCUUUGAACUGCUAUUAGUAACGGAUGAGCAAGUUUUCGUUCUCCUUAUUAAUAAAUAUCAACCACCUUUCAACAACACCAUCAGAUCCUUUAAUAUGGAUUAAAAUAUUUUAAAAUUGAUUCUAGAUUUCUCAUUUCAUUAGGUUAUCCUUAUUUCAAUAUAUAAAUUUUACUUGUGUGUUAUUCUAUAAUAACUGGUAUUUAUCUUGCAGUCCAGCUGACAAUUGUUUUGUUUUUCCUAACUUUCAAAAUUGUUUUCACUGUAAAUCUACAAGAUGGAUCACUUGAGAUAUGAAUAAAAUCUUUUUACCUUGGUCUUUA